GCAGCACAGAACACGUUCUCAAAUCCAGGGUCAGACUUCAAGGCACCCCAGGUCCACGCUGUACUGCAUUACUCAACAUUUCCUCAAGACACCGGGGUACUUCCUUCCUUUGCUGCUGCUCCUCCCGCCACCUAAAAUACUCCGACCUCCUGCCUCUCACGCGUAACACUCAAGAUUUACUGAUGAAAGCUCAGCAGAUACUCCAUUAUAAAGAGUUAUAACAACUAAACUAAGACAUUGAAAGGAAAAUACCAGAUGACACUCUGCAGGAUCAUUAAAUGCCACUUAAUGGAUACAUUUAAAUCCUCCUGAAUCAACACAGUAACCAGGUAGCAAAGAAGAAACACAAGCCAUGGACAACCUUACCUCUGUGGCUGGGAAUGGCAGUCUGUGUACCAGAGAUUACAAAAUCACCCAGGUCCUCUUCCCACUCCUCUACACUGUCCUGUUUUUUGUUGGCCUCAUCACAAACAGCCUGGCAAUGAGGAUCUUCUUUCAAAUCCGCAGUAAAUCCAACUUUAUUAUUUUUCUUAAGAACACAGUCAUUUCUGAUCUUCUCAUGAUUCUGACUUUUCCGUUCAAAAUCCUCAGUGAUGCCAAGCUGGGAACAGGACCACUGAGAACCUUUGUGUGUCAAGUGACCUCCGUCGUAUUCUAUUUCACAAUGUACAUCAGCAUUUCAUUCCUAGGACUGAUAACUAUUGAUCGCUACCAGAAAACCACCAGGCCAUUUAAGACGUCCAGCCCCAACAACCUCUUGGGGGCUAAAAUUCUCUCCGUUGUAAUCUGGGCAUUCAUGUUCUUACUCUCUUUGCCCAACAUGAUUCUGACCAACAGGAGGCCGAGAGACAAGAACGUGAAGAAAUGCUCUUUCCUCAAAUCAGAGUUUGGUCUGGUCUGGCAUGAAAUAGUCAAUUACAUCUGUCAAGUCAUUUUCUGGAUUAAUUUUUUGAUUGUCAUUGUAUGUUACACACUCAUUACAAAAGAACUCUACAGGUCGUAUGUGAGAACAAGAGGCGUAGGCAAAGUCCCCAAGAAAAAGGUAAACAUCAAAGUUUUCAUUAUCAUUGCUGUAUUUUUUAUUUGUUUUGUUCCUUUCCAUUUUGCACGCAUUCCCUACACCCUGAGCCAAACCCGGGAUGUCUUUGACUGCUCAGCUGAGAACACUCUAUUUUAUGUUAAAGAGAGCACACUUUGGUUAACCUCUUUAAAUGCAUGUCUGGAUCCAUUCAUCUACUUUUUCCUUUGCAAGUCCUUCAAAAAUUCCUUAAUGAAUAUGCUAAGGUGCCAGAAUCCUGCAACAUCUCUAUCCCACGAAAAUAGGAAAAAAGAACAGGAUGGUGGUGACCCAAGUGAAGAGACUCCAAUGUAAACCAACUAAGGUAAUAUUUCAAUUGAUUAGUGUUUGGAACAUUCAAAAGGAAAGCACUGUGUACAAACACUCACUAACAAUGACUCUCUAAACACGGAGCAGAAAACAACAGAAGUAAUUUUCAUUUACUUUUCCAGUAUUAAAAGCUACCUAGAAGAAGAAACCUAACAUGUAGAUAUGUAGGAAAAACAAACUAUGUAAUCAUGAUGGUUACGAGGCAAACUACACACAAUUGAGGAUUUGUAAAGUGUUGGCUAAAUGGGUGACCAUACAGUAUCUAUUGUAAUUUUUUAAAAUACGAUAUUGAACACAAUGCUAUCAAGUUAUAAUCAACUAAAGACUGAUAAAUCAUAUAAAAAUCUUCUGACUGAAAAUUAAACUUACUAAGAUGUAUAUACACCUUACUCACUCCCUAACCAAAUGCUGGUUUUAUUGGGAUACUCAUUAUAAAAAUGUAAAUGGAACACACAAAGAAUAUUAACUACGAACUUCUCAUUAUCAGCAAAAGUCUAAGAAAUUUAAAUUGAAGUGAUAAUUGGACUGAAAUUUUUUAAUUUUUCAUUUAUAAGAGGUUUAAGAAUAUAUUUCCAAUAAAAAGAACAAAAACAACAAAGUGACUAAAAUUUAUUUUUAUGACAUUCUAAUACCAAAAAAACUCUGAAUAUCUCCUUAAUGCUAGGGAAGACAGUUUUAUUAAUGGUACAAUACCAUGACUGCUACUUACCUUUAUUAACUAGCUUCUAAAAACUACAUGCUACUUGGUUUUAAUGAAUAUUUGCAUCAGUAAGAAAAACAAAUGUGAUUAUGUGGUUGCAAAGCUUAACUAUUAACAGAAAAGUGGUUAAAAUGUUUGUAAUUAUUGGUUUGUAAUUUGUGUGUAAUACCAAAAAAAUGUAUAUUAAACUCUAAAUCACACUUUGCUGGAAUUUCUUUAUUCAAAGACAUCAGAUACCACAACUCACCUCUUACAUACUCCUACAUCAAACAUCAAACCCAAUUAAUAAAGGAUAACUGCCAAAAUGGUUUUACGACACCUUAUUGGACAAAGUCUCUGUUGAAAAUGGUGUUAACACAUCAUGAUUAGUUCAUUAGUAAAUGAUGUCUGAUUCUACACAAGCCAUACUAUUUUUAAUAUAAACAAAAUACAUAACACACUUGGAAACUUGUUUAUCUCAAUUAUUUAUGAUCCUCAGAGGUGAUUCUCAAAUGUAAGGCGUGGAUACCAAUAUCAAAAUAUGAGAGAGGAAAUAAAAAGGGUGAGUUGCAGUAUAAGGAAGUUCACUGAACUUCAGCAUUAAUCGAUUUUAUCUAACUCCUCCAG